AUGGGGAAGCAACCGGUGAGAAUGAAGGCGGUGGUUUACGCUUUGUCACCGUUCCAGCAGCGGGUCAUGUCAGGUCUCUGGAAAGAUCUGCCUGGUAAGAUCCACCACAAAGUCUCCGAGAACUGGAUCAGCGCCACCCUUCUCCUCGCUCCUCUUGUCGGCGUCUACACUUAUGUGCAAAACUACCAGGAAAAGGAGAAGCUGGAGCACAGUCAGUCAGUCGGUAAAGUCACCAGAGCGAGAAGUGUUACCACCAAUGGUAACACUUACGAAGAGGCUCGUAAACUGCGUGUUGAAGAAAACAAGAAACGCAUUGAGGUCCAGCAACACCUUCCGAAACCAGAAAACUCUAAGCAAUUUGAACUGAGGCGCUCUUCUCGUGCACGCAAUCCAGUUUCUUAUCUCGAUGAUGAACGUGCUAAGAAAGCUGCAGUGGAAUUCCAAAGUAGCUUACAACCUGAAAAGCCAUCCUUUGUCAAACAAAUGCUUCAGUCUCAUGUUUAUCAAGGCUACCAAUCCAUGUGGUUACACAUUGCUUUAAAUCCCAGGGCCUUCCUGCUCUGUUUUGCAAAAAACCAUCUCCCAAAGGAAGACUUGGAAGUGAUACUAGAGGAUGAAAAUGGAUCAGAAUCUGGUUCUAAAUUCCUUGGCGAAAAGGCUGGGCUUAGUGCUGGCUGGAGAGGAUUUGCACUAGCACAUAAGCUGAAUGCUGGUGAUGCACUGGUGUUUGAAUUAGUUGAGCAAUGGCAAUUUAAGGUUUAUACAUUUAGAGCAUCAGCAUCACGUCCCGGUGAAAAAUGCAUAGAUACUGUGGAUAGAGAAGGGUCUGCUGGCCUGAAAAAUGGGUCGAAAGGGGGAAAGAAGCUUCAUUCGAAUUCAGUUGUUGCACAGAAAGAGAAGGGCACUCAGAUGAUGGGAACAACCAAUAUAGGAACAUCAGUUGAGGAGGAACAUGAUAAGAAAGACAAGUCAGCUGGUUCUGAAAAGCCCAAAUUUGAGGACAAGGACCAAUGUGUUGUGGAGCCUAGAAAGAAACGUGCCGAAAGGUUGUUUAAGAAGAGAGUAAGGGUCUAG